CCCUUAUAGUAUUGUCGUUCUUCGCCCCUAAUUUCAUCAUACCAAAACCAAAAUUAAAAGUCCCAGUCCCAGAAAAGUGUUUUGUUGAAGAGAGAGAAAUUGAAAAAAUGGCGAAGCCUUUGGGGUCAACAGGUGAAUUCUUCAGGAGACGCGAUGAGUGGAGGAAGCACCCCACUCUCAGCAACCAACUCCGUUUCCGUCACGCUGUUCCUGGCCUUGGUCUAGGUGUCGGCGCCUUCUGUGUUUACCUCGUCGGCGAAACCAUCUACAGUCAGUUCUAUGCUUCCUCUCAUUCUUCUUCAUCUCACCACUGAGUUUCAAGAUCAAUCGCCUACUUGGAUGGAAGCAAGGUAGGCGUGCAACUGAAUCUUUGUUUCUGUAAUCCUUAUUUGUGGUCUCCAAUAAGCUGUAAUAUGGUGCGGGCGUGUGACAUCUUGAACCCUUGUUUAAAUACUCACCGAAAAGGCAUGGUAGCUUGUAUUUUGAAGCAGCCAAUGAAAAUUUUCUAGUUUACAAAUCUUGUUUUCUUAUAGUGCUCUUUGAGGUCACUUUUGUAUUACAUUGGGUUAUGGUUUAUUUUCAACUUGGCAUGGUUAUUUUUAUUAUUUUUUAUUUUUUUUGGAAAGGAACUUGGCAUGGUACUUGCUUUCAUUUGGA